AAAAAAAAACAACAAAAAAAACAAAAAACAGUAUAGGCACCUGGAGAGAACCUAUGCUGGCACAGGGAAAACAUGCAACCUUAAACAGAAAUCUCCAGGAGAGAAUUCAGCUUUGAAUCUCUUGAAAAUAGCUUGACGUUGUCAGUAGCUAAAAUCCUGUGAUCUUUUAAACCGUUUGUCUCAGGCCAUACCAUGAAGACAAGUCUUGAUUGGAAAAUGGAUAUUCAAAAGUAAUUGUAGCAUUUUUCUCUAAAUCACAAUAAAGAGUUACUUGCCAAGAAAAUUAAAUAACCUAAGUAGCUCAAAAUAUAUGCCAUUUUGUAUGUUAGGCUCUUAACAUGAACAUUAACACUGAAACAUUUGCAUUCACACCCUGAAUGAUCACAUUCCAGACUCGAAGCAAGUUACCAACCAGUUUUAAGCUCCCAGCAACUAGCCAAUAGGGUUUUGUUUCCUGUUUCGCUACAUACAGUGUUUUUUUCCACACUGCUGCAUAACUGAUGUUACACCCACAAAAGUCAUGUGCAGGAAAUCCAAGAGCAUUUGCUACUUCUCGUCAAGAACAAUAGAUUUGGAGUUGGAGCUCUAUGACACAGCAGCAUUUACCCUGGACAGAGGAAGCAAAACUUGAGGACUUAAUGUUUUAAAUUGUGGAUAUAUUGGAAAAUCUACUACAAGCUGACUAUAAUGUCACUUCCAGAGGAGGAUCUUACAUGCCCAGUGUGCUGUGACAUCUUUAAAGACCCUGUUUUGCUGUCAUGUAGCCAUAGCUUUUGCAGGAAUUGUUUGAAGCAUUGCUGGGACACAGGAAUAAGACAAUGUCCAGUUUGCAGGAAAAGAAGACCCAAGACCAAUCCUCCAUCUAAUUUGGCUCUGAAAAAUGUCUGUGAGGCUCUUCAGGAGGUCAAGCGGCAGAAUUCAGAGCAGCUUGAGGACAAGAUGAAGUGUAACCAGCACAGGGAAAAGUUAAAACUCUUCUGUCUGGUUGACAAACAGCCCCUCUGUGUGGUUUGUCAGUCUUCCAGACAGCAUAAGAGGCAUGAGUGUUUACCUGUAGAGGAGGCUCUGCUGGACUGCAAGGACCAACUUGCUACAUCUCUCAAAAACUUGCAAGAUAAACUGAAAAGUCUCGAAAGAAUUCACAGGACCUCUGUUGACAUGUUCAAGUACAUAAAGAGUCAGAGGCUGGAAACAGAGAAGAUGAUCAAAAGCCAAUUUGAGCAGCUACAUCAAGCUCUUUAUCACGAAGAGUCAGCCAGAUUAACGGCUGUGAAACAAGAGGAAGAGGAGAAGAUAGCAUCAGUAAAAGUUAAGAUAAAAGAAAUCUCAGCAGAGGUGCUAUCUGCCUCUGAGGCCAUCUCUGUCAUCCAGAGACAGCUGAAGGAAGAUGACAUGGUUUUAUUGAAGAAUUUUAAAGUAACUCAGGACAGAUGUAAUGGCAAGGUGCUUGGUUUUGACAUGUCUGGACUACUAGUUGAUGUGUCCAAACAUCUCUCCAACCUAAAAUACAGAGUCUGGGAGAAAAUACUUUCCAAUGUUGACUAUACUCCUGUAACUUUAGAUCCAAACACAGCACACCCAUGCCUCAUCCUUUCUGACAAUCUCACUUCCCUCCAUUACUCAAAGCAGUCUGGCUGUUGCCCUGACAACCCAGAGCGCUUCCACAUGAGCGCUGAAGUGGUAAGCACAACUGCGCUAGACUCAGGAAGGCACCACUGGAUUGUGGAAACAGGAAGUAAUCAUGACUGGCUCUUGGGUGUGGCCUCUUUGUCUGUACGUAGAAACGCUGAGAUCUUUGCUCGGCCUGAAAAUGGCUUCUGGACUUUAUGUUUCCGGGACGGAGAGUUCAGAGCGAUGACCUCGCCACCUACUCCACUGACAGUUUCAGAAAUGCCAAAGCAGGUCAAAGUGCAACUGGAUUAUAACAAGGGAAUGGUGUCGUUUAUUGACCCUGCUGACAACGCACUAAUUUAUUCAUUUAGAGAAACAUUCACAGAGCCUUUAUAUCCAUAUUUCUAUACACAAAGCAGUCAACCAUUGAGGAUACUGCCAGAGAAGGUGCUUAUUGCAAUGUUGCGGCAGUGAUGGGGUGAGUCAUUUAUCAUUAAUGAGGAUUGGAGGCAAUCUGUGAUGCUGCAAGUUCUCUCAAAAUAUGUGGUAAGCAUUGAUCAGCCAUGUAAUUCUUCAAGAAAGAUGACAAAAACACACAUGCUUGUCAAAGUACUUUCUUGACUCAAAAUGUCAAAGAAGCACUUUGACAUUUUGAAUAAUUUGCUGAGGGGUAUAAAAGCCUUGCUACCGUUAUAUGUAAAAUAAAUAUUAAGCUACUGCCUAAAAACACACAUAACAAGAUCUGUCAUUUUGGAACCUUUGAAUCCCUUUAAUUGGUAUGUUGGGUAAGCAAUACUUCACAAAAAAAAACAACUAUAUUUUAGAUAAAACAACAUUUCAGAAGAACAUUUCUAAAAUGUAAUAUAGCAAAAGUGAAGUCACAAAAAACAAAUCACAAAAAGCAACAAAGAAAAAAACAUGUAAACAAAAUUACAUGUUUUUGUUUUCACAGCACAACAAACAGGACAAAAUUACAACAUUUCAGAAAACAUU